UAAGAUACAGUUUUACAUGUAUCGGAUGCAGAAAGAAAUAAAAUUAGCAGUGCAUGACUUAUUUUUAAUUUAUUCAAACAAUACUCAAUAUGAAUUCUCCAAGACGACACCUGUAAACGACGCUCCUAUUAGAAAAUCCCAUAAAUAUCAAUAAUGCAAUGGACCAUAAAGAAAUUAGCCCAUGGGUGAGGCGCGGGAGGACGUGACUGUGAUAUAUCUGUAUAAUGGAGACGGAAUCCGUGCGUUCCGAAUUAAGUAGCCGUUCGCGGCGAAGUUCUAGACAUCGUCAACAUAAUACUCACCGUAGCACAAGAAGUACCAAGUCACAAAGAAAAGACUGUAUAGAUAGUAGCAUGGCACCAUUCCAAACUAGCGUUAAUAUUAACCCAGAAAUUGGCCGAGAUGGCCAGGAAGUGAUCGAAGUACAAAUACUUCCCCAAGAUGAAAACUGGGGAGAAACUACCACUGCUGUCACUGGGAAUACUUCAGAAGGCUCACAAUCAAUGGAGGAUGUUAGUAACUGGCCCAUGGAAUCAGAUAACGGUCUAGGUUUUGUUUGUUCGAGAUAUUUCACAACAACAGUUGCAUUGGGCCUGUCAUUCGUUUCUUUUGUAAGCCCUUUGGCCAUGGUGGUGUUGCCAAAAAUAGGGUUUUUCCCGGGAUUAUCAGAUAAUAUUGCAAUACAACCCAGUCAGAGAAUACAGUUGCUCUCCUGUACAGGAGAAUGUAAAGGAAUUUUGCUCUCUAUAGCGUUUAAGUUAGUUCUCUUAGCGAUCGGCGUCUGGGCCGUUUUCUUGCGCCCAAGAAAUGCAGUAUUACCAAGAAUAUUCGUAUUUAGAGCAGUAAUGUUUGUCAUCUUGGCUGUAUGUACAUUUUCGUACUGGUUAUUUUAUAUCGUACAAAUUACAGAAGCGACAAAAGCUUUAGCUGUUGGUGAAGAGGCAGUCGAUUAUAAGUCCUUAGUGUCAUAUGUAUCGAGUUUUUCCGAUACAUUAUUAUUUAUACAUUAUACGGCUGUAGUGUUGAUGCAGAUACGGCAUUUAGAACCAGUGUAUUAUAUAAAGAUUGUACGAAGUCCUGAUGGGGAGAGCAGGUCAUAUGCUAUUGGCCAGUUGAGUAUUCAAAGAGCGGCUGUAUGGGUACUACAAAGAUAUUAUACAGAAUUCCCAAUCUAUAACCCCUAUUUGGAGAAGAUACCAAUAUCAAAGUCUCAAAGGAAGGCACAAGCCAGUAUAAAGUUUUAUGAAGUAGAUUCUAAUACUAAUGCCUCUACUGGCCAGCCAAGAAGCGGCGCCGGCUCGUGCACGGGCAGCGCGUCGCGGCGGCGCGACUCCGGCUCGGCGCACAACGAGCGCUACUACGAGGAGGCGGAGCGUGAGCGGCGCGUGCGCAAGCGGCGCGCGCGGCUGCACACCGCCGCCGAGGACGCGUUCGCGCACGUGCGCCGGGUGCGGAUGGCGGCUAACGGUGGCGCCUUAGGCCCUCGCGAAGCGGCACAAGCGGUGUUCCCGUCUCUGGCUCGCGCGCUUCAGAAGUACCUGCGGGCUACGAGACAACAGCCCAGACAUUCGGCUGAUUCCGUUCUCGCCCACCUUGCCCGAUGCCUAUCCCAAGACGCUUCGCCACGUGCAUUCCUCGAACCAUUCCUCGUGGAGGGUCCAGUGCUGGCCGCUGAGAAUGAAGCGAGGCACGAGCAACGCUGGUCACUCAUAUCAGACGACCUGCUUGCCAGACCACUAGCAGACAACAUCGAAUUCCAACUCAGACAAGGGGAUAUAUCGCUCAUAUGCACGAUUAAACAGCUACCUCAGUUCAAUCUGAGUGAAGAGGUGGUGGACCCGAAAAGCAAUAGAUUUGUUCUGCGGUUGAACAGUGAAACGUCCGUCUGACAUGAGGAGAUAAUAUGUGUCAGGGAGGAUAUGAGACUCGUGUGAUAGUGCAGUGUUUGUGGGACGGUUUAGUGGUAUACAGUGGAAUUGUUAUUGUGAUUGUGUAAAGUGAUGGUCUAUAGACAUUGGCCGGAUUGAGUAAGUGACAAUUUCGGUUUAAAUUAAGGGCUCUGUGCAAAAGAAACUGAGAGGUAUAAGUAUCACUUGUGAGUCUGCCCGUCUGUCAAAGUGAGUUUACCUUGAAACAAACUGUUGAUCCAGUUUGUUUGUUUAGUAUUGUGCUACAUAUUUUUCAUGUAAAUUUUUUAGUAACAACUCGAAUCUAUGUUCAAUUGAGAAUCGCUCAAUUACAUGGCGGUAAGGUGGGGUAAAAAAUAUUAUAACAUUUUGAUUUGAUGCUUUUACAAGUUAUCAAACAAGAAGAGAUACAAAAGAUGUGUAUGUUCUCUCUCCUUCCCGAUCCCAUAUGUAAUUUAUUUUUACUUACGGUUUCAAUUGCUUAAGUUUUUUGAAAUAAUACUAAGUGCUUCCCUGCUCUUAGACUAUCUCCAUUUAAUAACUACUAUGACAUGAUAGAGGGAUGCACAAAAAAAAAAUCUUGGAAGAAAUAUCUCGUAAGUCAUGGUAUUGUUAAUGUUAAAAUAGUGCUUUUGACCAAGAUGUGAUUAAUAAUGUACACUUAUAUUAGAAAGCUGAGUUUGUUUGUUUGAAAACGCUAAUCAUAGGAGUAACUAGACCAAUUUCAACAAUUCUAUUAUCAUUGGAUAUGUUUGUGAUGCCCGAAUGGAUAAAUCCCACAGGCGAAUCUGACGUGAACUGUUAUAUUUUUCAUAUAAAUUGAGAAAUAAAUAUUUGUAUAUUAUUAUGUUUCAUCUGGCGACCAAUUUUAGAUUUGCUCAGUUUGAGACCAGGUGAUGUUAUGUGCAAUCUCUGAACAAAAAUUAGUAAGAUUGACGAAGUGGUAUAUGGAAUUGCUGUAUAAUUUUGCAUACUGUUGAAGUGUUUUAAAUGUAUUUAUAAGAGCAAGAAUAGCCAUUUUAUGCGUAUUAAAUUGGGAAAGUGAAGGUAGAAAUAAAUAAUUUUAGGUAUAGUUAGAUUAUUAUUUAAAUUACUUCCCUCGUAUGGGAUAGGCGACGGAAAUACUCAAAUGAAUCUUAGCAAUCUAAAAAUACACCAAUAAUGGAUAAUUGUGAUGAGCAUAAAGGAUAAUUGUGAUGAGCUUUUUUCAAUUGCAUUACAAAUAUUACAAUGUUUUUAUAAAACAAUUGCAAGUGUUGCGAUAAAAUGAAUAAUCUUAAAUCUUUUAUAACUCAAAAUUCAAAGACUAUAUUGUAAGUAUUGGAUGCAGAAAAUUCGUAAGUAACCAUGUUAUAGAAACUAUAUAUUAUAUUUAUCAAUAUAUUUUUUUACUUUUAUAUGUUUUUUUUUUAUUUAGCGCCAUAUUUCGUACACAAUAAAGAGUAUAAUAGCAUUUAUUCAAACAACCAGUGUACAUUGUGUCAUAUGUUAGAUUAGAUUUAAGGUUUUAGCACAAACAUAAUUGUAAAUUAAUAAAUAUAAGUGAUAUAAUAAGACUUGAGUAUUUUAAAUUUAAGCUAACAGUAAAAUAUAGACAUUUCACUGCCAUGUACUGUCAGAAUGAUUUGAUAGUGAAAAUGCUAUGUACACUAUGUUUACUUCCUUAAUAUGGAUAAAAUUAAAGACUGUUUAAUCUCAUUUUCAGUAGAUUGUACGCAAGAAAUUCGAAAAUGUUAGUUUAG